AUGUCUUCUUCAGCUGCUCAGAUCGCUCACGCCGCCGUCGAGUACUCCACCUUCGCCUCUCUUCGACUUGGAAGGACGGUUCAGUCUGUUGUUGCUCGCCUAAUCCGGUUCUGGGAUUCACGCAACGUUAAUAAGAACGGCGAGUUUAUGGGGAUUACACUGUUACUCCUCGACGAAAUGGAUUCGGUUAUUCACGCUUUCAUCCCUGCGAAUCGGGCGAGUCAUUACCGACCAUCGUUAAAAGCUGGCUGUAUUGUCAGGUUGGAGCGUUUUGAAGUUGCACAGGUUGCCCACAUGUACAAGGUGACGGAGCAUCAGUUCUUGAUUCAUUUCCUACCGUCUACACGCCUUGGUGAGGUCCACACAGACGCCCCUGUAAUCAAGUCUGAAAGGUUCAUGAUGAGGCGUUAUGACCAACUUCAAGUGCUAGCAAACACCAACCUAGAGCUCCCAGAUGUUGUUGGUGAAAUCCGAUCUGUCCAGGGGUCUGAUCUGAGCAACGAUUCUGCCACCACCAGAGUUGUGGUUCGCUUCUUGAUUGAGCCGAAUGUAACUGUGUACCUAACUUUGUGGGAUGAGGCUGCAUCGACCUUCAGGGGCCUCUUGAAAUCAGGGGAUAAAUCCAAGGCUGUAAUGUUGGUAACCACGGUUAAUCCAAAACUCUUUGGAGGUUAG